AUGUUCCCUACCAAUCAAGAGGUUCUCUCCUUCCUCUUAAUGAACAUGAAGGACUCUGCCAGGGCCUGGGCCCACCCUCACCUUGACCAGCUUGGAUCACACUGGGCAAUCAUCCAGACAGUCAAAGGAUUCAAGUUGGAGUUUUUGGCAGCAUUCAGCAACCCUGAUGCCACAAGAGCUGCCAAGCAGAAGAUCACAUCCCUCACCCAGUCCAGCACAUGCGUGGAUUAUAUCACAAAGCUCAGAACCCUGGCAAUGGAACUGGACUGGAAUGAUGUGGCCCUUAGAGGCCAGUUUGCCUGCAGCCUCCGCUGGGAAGUCAGCUGCCAAAUUGCUACCUGCAAACACUGCCCCCAAACCCUCCUUGAGCUGCAAAACACAGCACUUGUCAUUGACAAUGCUCUCAGAGAAGAGCGCGCUAGCCAUCUGCCAAAGGACAAUAAGUAUAGCAAGCAAUCCAACCCUGCAAGGGGGACAAGUACCAGCCAACAAGCCACCAGCUCAAGGAAGCUCUCCAACAACCCCAAUUACAUCUUGGAAGAGGAAGGGAAUUGCUGCUGCACUGCUGGCACCUGCAUCAAAUGCAGCAAAAUGGGACAUAAGUUUGCAGAAUGUUGCACUGGCUGGAAAGGCACCCCUAUCAAGGAAGGGACCAAAAAAGAAGCCGCCAAGAUUGGCAAAGAAUCUGGCCCCACCUCAGGAAAAGAUUAA